AUGUGCGGCAGAGAAAAGUGGUGGGAGUGAGUGGUAGAAGGGCGGGUUAGUAGCCUGGUCCCAAACGCGCAUGCGCAGCUGAGAAAAGGUACGGGGAGAGAGUUAGAACUUGCCGGUCAGAAUUCUGAGUCUUGGUCCAAAACGCGCAUGCGCGGCAGAAGAAAGGGGGAGGGGGAGAGAGUUAGAAGGCCGGUCAGUGUCAGUUCUGAGUCUUGAUCCCAAACGCGCAUGCGCGGCAGAGGAAAAUAGGGGCGGGGGUAUAUGUGAGUGUUAGAAGGCCGGUUAGUGCCCUGGUCCCAAGUGCGCAUGCGCGAUAAAGGAAAGGGGAGGAGGCCAGAGUUAGAAGGCCGGUCAGUGUCCGUUCUGACUGAGGGGGAAGCCUUGCUCCCAAACGCGCGUGCGCAGCGGCGGAGACGGGAGGAGGGCGCGCCCGUUCGUGUCCGCACAGCCCUUAAUUCCUGUCAGCUUCGGAGGCGGCGGCGGCGGUUCUUGUGAGGGCUGCUCUAUCCCCCGGUUGCCAGGCGAAGCGAGAGGGCGUUCCCGGCCCAUGGACCAGCCGGGCCUGGAGCCGAAUCCGGAGGGAGAGGAGGGGGCCGCCUCAGGGAAGAAGGCGGAGGUGGCCGUCGCCAGGCGCUGAGGAGCCUGAGGAGGCGGCGGCCUCCCUCCCUCCCUCCCCGGCCUUCAGCCUCCUUCCUGGGACCCACGGAGCAGCCUUCCUCGUCCGCCAUGUCGGCCAAGGUGCGGCUGAAGAAGCUGGAGCAGCUGCUGCUGGACGGGCCCCGGCGCCACGAGAGCGCGCUGAGCGUGGAGGCGCUGCUGGACCUCCUGGUCGGGCUCUACACCGAGUGCAGCCGGGACUCGCCCCUCCGCAGGGACAGGCUGGUCUCCGACUUCCUCGAGUGGGCAAAACCAUUUACACAGUUGGUGAAGGAAAUGCAACUCCAUCGAGAUGACUUUGAAAUCAUAAAAGUUAUCGGCAGAGGUGCAUUUGGUGAGGUUGCAGUUGUUAAAAUGAAGUGUACAGAACGCAUUUACGCAAUGAAAAUCCUAAAUAAAUGGGAAAUGCUUAAAAGAGCAGAGACUGCUUGUUUCCGAGAAGAGAGAGAUGUUUUGGUGAAUGGAGAUUGCCAGUGGAUUACUACAUUGCACUAUGCCUUUCAGGAUGAAAACUAUUUGUACUUAGUAAUGGACUACUAUGUGGGUGGUGAUUUGCUGACACUACUUAGCAAAUUUGAAGACAAGCUUCCGGAAGAUAUGGCUAGGUUCUACAUUGGUGAAAUGGUUCUUGCUAUACAUUCCAUUCAUCAGCUACAUUAUGUUCACAGAGAUAUAAAACCUGAUAAUGUUCUGUUGGAUGUGAAUGGCCAUAUACGCCUGGCAGACUUCGGAUCAUGUUUGAAGAUGAGCGAGGAUGGCACUGUGCAGUCUUCAGUUGCAGUGGGCACACCUGAUUAUAUUUCCCCCGAGAUACUGCAAGCAAUGGAAGAUGGCAUGGGAAAAUAUGGACCUGAGUGUGACUGGUGGUCUUUGGGUGUUUGCAUGUAUGAAAUGUUGUAUGGUGAAACACCAUUUUAUGCAGAAUCACUGGUGGAAACCUAUGGGAAGAUUAUGAAUCAUGAAGAGAGAUUCCAGUUUCCAUCCCAUGUUACUGAUGUGUCUGAAGAAGCAAAAGACCUAAUCCAGCGUCUUAUCUGCAGCAGGGAACGUCGUCUGGGGCAGAAUGGAAUAGAAGAUUUUAAGUCACACGCCUUUUUUGAAGGACUCAAUUGGGAUAAUAUCCGAAAUCUAGAAGCACCUUACAUUCCAGAAGUUAGCAGUCCUUCUGACACCUCAAAUUUUGAUGUAGAUGAUGAUGUUUUAAGAAACCCUGAAAUGAUACCACCUGGUUCUCACACUGGCUUUUCAGGAUUGCACUUGCCUUUUGUUGGCUUUACCUACACAACUGAAAGCUGCUUUUCUGAUAGAGGCUCACUAAAGAGUGUGAUGCAGUCCAGUGGUAUAACCAAAGAUGAAGAUGUUCAACGUGACCUAGAAAACAGCUUACAAAUAGAAGCAUAUGAAAGAAGAAUACGAAGAUUGGAGCAAGAAAAGCUAGAACUGAGUAGGAAGUUGCAAGAAUCCACUCAGGCUGUUCAGUCCCUUCAUGGUUCUGGUCGCAUAACAACAAAUACAAACCGGGAUAAAGAAAUAAAAAAGUUGAAUGAGGAAAUAGAACGCUUGAAAAACAAAAUAGCAGAUUCAAAUAGGAUAGAACGGCAGCUUGAAGAUGCAGUAACACUGCGGCAGGAACAUGAGGAUUCCACCCACAUAAAAGGCCUUGAAAAGCAGUGCAGGAUACUGACAGAGAAAGAAGACCUUCAUAAGCAACUUGUUGAAGCAUCUGAACGAUUAAAGGCACAGUCCAAAGAACUGAAGGAUGCUCAUCAACAAAGAAAACUAGCAAUGCAAGAGUUCUCGGACCUGAAUGAAAGGAUGGCUGACUUGCGCUCCCACAAGCAGAAACUCUCUCGACAGCUCCGUGACAAAGAGGAAGAAGUGGAAGUGAUCAUGCAGAAAAUUGACUCCAUGAGACAGGAAAUUCGUAAAUCUGAGAAAGCGAGAAAAGAGCUAGAAGCCCAACUUGAUGAUGCAGUAGCAGAAGCAUCCAAAGAGCACAAGCUUCGAGAGCACAGUGAGAUUUUCUGUAAGCAGCUAGAAAAUGAACUGGAAACACUAAAGUUAAAGCAAGGGGGCCGUGCUGCAGGAAUGGCCAUGCAUGAGCAUCAGCAAGAGCUGGCCAAAAUGAAGUCAGAGCUUGAGAAGAAAAUCUUGUUUUAUGAAGAGGAAUUAGUCAGGAGAGAAGCAUCCCAUGUCUUGGAAGUAAAAAAUGUGAAAAAAGAAGUGCAUGAUUUAGAAAGCCACCAGUUGGCAUUGCAGAAGGAAAUCAUGAUGCUGAAAGAUAAAUUGGAUAAGGCAAAACGAGAGAAACACAGUGAAAUGGAGGAAGCAGUAGGAACUUUGAAAGAGAAAUAUGAGCGAGAGAGAACCAUGCUCUUUGAAGAUAACAAGAAAAUAACAAUUGAAAAUGAAAAGCUUUGUUCCUUUGUGGAUAAACUUACAUCACAAAACAGGCAACUAGAAGAUGAGCUUCAGGAUUUGGCAGCAAAGAAAGAAUCUGUUGCCCACUGGGAAGCUCAGAUUGCAGAAAUUAUUCAAUGGGUGAGUGAUGAAAAGGAUGCACGUGGUUAUCUUCAAGCUUUGGCUUCUAAGAUGACAGAAGAAUUGGAAUCUUUGAGAAGCUCCAGUCUAGGAUCAAGAACACUGGACCCUCUUUGGAAAGUAAGACGAAGUCAGAAGCUGGAUAUGUCUGCAAGACUGGAAUUGCAGUCUGCUCUUGAUGCUGAAAUACGUGCCAAGCAGCUAGUCCAGGAAGAAUUAAGGAAAAUUAAAGAUGCCAACCUGUCCUUUGAAAGCAAAUUAAAGGAAUCUGAAGCAAAGAAUCAGGAACUCUUGGAAGAAGUUGAAGCAUUAAAGAAGAAACUGGAAGAAAAAUACAGGACUGACGCAGGUCUUAAACUUUCAGAAUUCCAAGAUUCCAUUUUUGAGUACUUCAAUACAUCACCUCUUGCACAUGAUUUGACUUUCAGAACAAAUUCUGUUAGUGAACAAGAAGCACAGGGUUCCAAGGCAGAGGUCUCACCAUCAACAUCUAUGACUACAGAGCAGCAGCAAGCAGAGGAACCAAUUCGGCUUCAGAGGAUGCCUGCUGCUCCCUCCCCCACCAUUCAGUCCAUUUCGCUAGCUGUACCAAAGCCAAAAGCCCAUCAACUCAGUAUCAAAUCCUUUUCAAGCCCUACUCAGUGCAGCCAUUGCACAUCUCUCAUGGUGGGAUUGAUUAGACAGGGAUAUGCUUGUGAUGUGUGUUCAUUUGCAUGCCAUGUUUCCUGCAAGGAUAGUGCACCACAAGUCUGCCCUAUACCUCCUGAGCAAGCUAAACGACCCCUUGGAGUAGAUGUUCAAAGAGGCAUAGGAACAGCCUACAAAGGCUAUGUUAAGGUUCCAAAACCAACAGGAGUUAAAAAAGGAUGGCAGAGGGCCUAUGCAGUAGUAUGUGACUGUAAACUCUUCCUCUACGAUGUGCCUGAAGGAAAAUCCACUCAGCCAGGAGUUGUUGCAAGUCAAGUCCUAGAUCUCAGAGAUGAAGAUUUUUGUGUGAGUUCUGUCCUAGCAUCGGAUGUUAUACAUGCAACCCGCAAAGAUAUUCCUUGUAUAUUCAGGGUGACAGCCUCUCUCUUAGGCUCACCUUCAAAGACCUGUUCUCUGCUGAUCCUAACAGAAAAUGAGAAUGAAAAACGAAAAUGGGUUGGAAUCCUAGAGGGGCUGCAAUCUAUUCUGCACAAAAAUAAACUCAAAAACCAAGUUGUACAUAUUCCACAGGAAGCUUAUGACAGUACACUGCCUCUCAUUAAAACCAGCUUAGCUGCUGCUGUUAUAGAUCAGGAUAGAAUAGCAAUUGGGUCUGAAGAAGGUCUUUAUGUCAUCGAGGUAACCCAUGAUGUGAUUGUCCGAGCUGCUGACUGCAAGAAGGUCUACCAGAUAGAGCUUGCUCCCAAAGAGAAAAUCAUUAUUCUUAUCUGUGGUCGAAAUCAUCAUGUUCACUUGUACCCCAUGUCCUCCCUGGAUGGCUCUGAAGGCAGCUUUGAUGUUAAGCUUCCUGAAACUAAAGGUUGUCAGUUCAUUACAACUGGGACACUGAAGAAGAGUUCUUCGACAAGUUUAUUUGUGGCAGUCAAACGGCAAGUUCUCUGCUAUGAGGUCCACAGGACUAAACCUUUCCAUAAAAAGUUCAGUGAAAUCCAGGCUCCUGGCAAUAUACAGUGGAUGGCAGUGUUCAAAGACAGGCUUUGUGUUGGCUACCCAUCUGGUUUCUCUCUGUUGAACAUCCAGGGGGAUGGACAGUCUAUAAACCUGGUAAAUCCCAAUGAUCCUUCGCUUGCAUUCCUCUCACAACAAUCUUUUGAUGCCCUUUGUGCUGUGGAGCUCAGCAAUGAGGAAUACCUGCUUUGCUUCAGCCAUUUGGGAGUGUACGUCGAUGCACAAGGUCGAAGGUCGCGAAUUCAGGAAUUAAUGUGGCCUGCAACGCCUGCUGCCUGUAGUUGCAAUCCAUUCUAUUUAACAGUCUACAGCGAAUAUGGUGUUGAUGUUUUUAACGUAAACACUAUGGAAUGGGUGCAGACUAUCGGCUUAAGAAGGAUCAGACCCCUAAAUGUGACAGGCACACUGAAUCUCCUUAACUGUGAACCUCCUCGAUUAAUCUAUUUCAAGAACAAGUUUUCAGGUUAGUAUUGUGGAUUUGGGGGGCAGGAAGAUAAGAGAGAAAAGGUAUAAUGGAGAGUGAUAACCGCAGUUGCAUUCUGUUGCUUUCGAGACCAGCUUAUUUUCACUGAGAAGAGCUUGCCAGCUAUAAGUGGUAAAUUAGGCUUGCAAGCUUUAAGUGGUAAAUUGACCAUUAGCUUUUGCUGAUUUAUUUGGGAGGACCUCUUAAUUGCUGCAGUUUUUUGUUGAGGGUUCCCGUUUGCUAUUUGUUUUGAAGCUGUUUUGGCCAUGGCAUGAAACUUCAAUGGAGAAUAAAAAUGAAAACAUAAAUGAUGGCUUUCUGUUCUGUAAAUAUGACUGCUCAUUGGUCAUUGUUUGAUAUCUUUCAUUUCUCUCAGUUUGACAAUAAGGUACAUGUUGAAGCUUUAGUAUGCUUAUUUCUUUAAACUACAUUCUGACUCUGAGCAGAACAACAGAUGAGGGAUCUGUGGUUAGGUUAUUGUGUUGUCUGAA